GGUUUAUAUAACAAUCCUUUGGGCUAAGGCACUUUCUCUUCCCUUAGCACGUAUUCAGACACAGAGCGUCAAUAUGUCUUCUGAUCUACUGUGGCUUAUCACCAAAGACACUUCUUGUUUCAUCAAGAAGAGUCACGGACUAUGUCUCAACUCUGAGCCCAUGAACCUUAAGAACUUGAACUCGUUCAAGUACAGUGGUCUGUGCAACAAGAAGGCUGUCGGCAUCACGGCCGGCAAGACCGGAGUUGUACUAUCCAAGAAGACCAAGGCCGCUAAGAUCAAACCCGCCAAGGGCGUGACUAAGUCCGUCUUCAACGGAAAAAAUGGUGCCCGCCGUGUAGUCAAGUCUGUACAUGGUGAUGUUGUUGCCAACCACUACCGCUCCGAUCUUGCGGAUGUUGCCACAAGGCGAGUAAUGGCCAUCAUGCGCUCACAGAAGGCCAAGACUGGAGGUCGUGGAGGUGUCUCCAGACGUCAGGCUAUCAAGAACGCUGCCAAGUCGGAGUAAGCGUUUGAAGUAGAAAAUAAAAAAGGGUGAAACCAUUGCACUUGCACUGCCACUUGUGUAAUCGUAGUGAUCUCCACUCCUGUGCGCUGUCUACUUGUUGUCCAUGGAUGAGUUUGACUAGUAUAAAGAGUGACAUGUAUGUUCAAG